CUUGUCUUUGUUUAUUUCAGUAGGAGAAAAAUCACAGAGAUUUUUCCUGAGAAGACCCGGACAUUUAUCCUUCUUAAUCUUCGCGUUGGAUUUUCGAAGCACUGUUUCUCUUCCGUCCUUUUUGGCUGUCCUGUCUUCGUUUUACACAAAUGCUGUUUGAUGCACAUUUUAAAACACGGGAAGAUUCACUCAUCUGCAGGACGACUGUAUUAUUGCGUGAAUCACGGAUCGAAUUUUAAAGGUUCUCAGGCGUUCAGAACUUUGUUUAAAGUUUCUUUCGUACGAAUGCUUUCGGAACAGGAGGCAAAAGCAUUCAGCAGGUGUUGCUUUGAAUUCGCGUCGCUUAUUUUAGCGGAACAUCUGUGCAUGUGAAAGACAUUUUAAAGGAUGAUGAUUAUUUCGAAUUAUUUUGUGGAGGAUUCAGCAGAGGAGCUCGGCAAUGACGGCUAUUGCACCUUUAAAUCGUUAGCGCAUGAAAAUAUUAACUCGAAUGACCGCCGAAUUCAGGCGGAAUCGCGAUACGACUGCGAUAUAACUGUGCUUAAAUCGAAGAAAGAAGCAGAUGACGAGAAUUCCGCGAAAGGUAUUCAAACCAGGACUCCAGAAAAAUUCGACAUGGGGGAUGCGUUCGACUUGUGGAGGUUCUAG